AUGGCGCUGCCCCUGGGCAAGCUGGGGGACCUGGUGCUGAAGACGCUCAGCAAGCCGCUCGCCAAGGCCAUCAAGCGCCGCGCCGCCAGCCACCCCAAGUUCCGCGCCUCCAUCGCCAACUGGGCCCAGGGCUACCACCGGUUCACGGUGCGGCUGCAGCGGCGGCUGUACGGGCAGAGCAGGCUUGAGCGCUUGCCCUUCCCAACCGUCCCUCCCCGCUUCCCCGCACCCUUUCCCCUUUCUCCUCUUCUUCCCCCCCCCCAGGGCUACCACCGGUUCACGGUGCAGCUGCAGAGGCGGCUGUACGGGCAGGCCCCCUUGGGGCACAUCAAGCGGCUGAACGAGGAGAAGGCCGUUAGCACGGCCAGCGAGGUGGUGGGGGAGCUGAUUGUGUUCGCCGUGAGUGGGUUGGUGGGGGGUUGGGUGGAAGCGAUAGGCUUGGUGGGGGUGUGGGAGGGGAAGGGGGAAGGGGGUUGUGAGUGGGUAGAGGGGCUUGCUGACUGGGUUGAACGAGGAGAAGGCCUGGACUCAUCAUUCCUUUGUUCCCCCCCUGCAUGUUCAUGCAUGCACACGGAUGUGCACGUGCUGGCAUGCUCGCUCUCGCUCGUGCACGGGUGGAUGCAGGUGGCGGGGGGAGUGGUGUUUAUCGAGGCGGCUAGGAGCGCCUUAUUCCUCUGCAUGCACGUGUGCCUUCUCCCCCUGCACGUUUCAUUCAUGCACACGGACAUGCACAUUCGGGCAUGUAUGCACACAUGUGCAUGCGUGGGUGCAGGUGGCGGGGGGCGUGGUGUUCAUCGAGGCAGCUAG